AUGCCGAUACCGGAGGAGAUCACGGGAUAUUGCUCCGGCUUGGUAGUCAUCGGCUAUACUAACGAACACCGGGGAGAUAUGGAGAUCCAGCUCGCGCAUGCUACCGUGAAGGAAUACCUAAUUUCUGAUCGGUUGUCGCAAGAUGUUUCUGCCCAUUUUGCGACAUCGUUAGCGAAGGCCGCUACCUCGAUCACAGAAGUCUGUCUUGCAUAUUUGUCAGAAGUGAAGCUCGUCUCGCCCACAUAUAUCAAAGACUUGAACUUUUACAAAGACAAAGACGCAGUUUACUACCUUGAACCCGCGCCGCCCUGGUAUCACUACAAACCUUUUCGCGGGGUUGCAUUAAACAUCUUCACCAAGAUGAGAUAUCCGUUUGCACAGUACGCUGCAGACUACUGGAUGAGACACGCCUUUCACGCCAACACCUCACAGGUCGAAACCCAGGUUAAGAAGUUCAUCGACUGCGAGAUUUUUCAUAUACUCUGCGAACCCUCCGCAGGGAAUUCUUCAGCGCUAUAUCGCAUGGCACAAAAAGGACUUACCUGGGCGAUUGAGCUACUGCUGGACAAAGAUGCCAUUCUCUUGAGUGCCCGAGAAGAUGAAAGUCUCCUCGCGGCAGCUAUACAGCAUCACCACGAUGAUACUUUCCACGUCCUCCUAGCGAGAGGUGCAAAGGUAGACAGAACUGCCGUUGUGUGUGCAUCGUCCAGAGGGGACGAAGAGCUUUUCCGACCUCUGAUUCGGAAGAUCACUGCUGCCAACGAUUGGGAGUGGUGGAGCGAGGCAGUCAAGGCUGCCUGUGCAGAAGGCCAUGUCAAAAUCCUGCAAAUGAUUCUUCAGAAGUGUGAGGAGGCUAAUAUCACGCGCUGCAUCGAAGGCGAGUGGAUAUACGACGCAUUCAAAGGCGGCCAUAACGCUGUAGUAAGGGCACUUCUUGAUGGUUCCUCGUAUGCGACUUUUACCGCCCAGGAUUGGAGGUCUGCAAGUUACAACGGCCUCUAUGGGUUGGUGGAGAUCUUGCUUGCGAAGGAUACUGAUACCGACGCUGCGGGCCGCAAAACGCAAGCUUUGUCUAUUGCGACUGAGAAGGGGCAUGUCGAAAUUGUCAAGCUACUUUUAAAAAGUGGCGUAGGGACUGGAAAGUCGGUUUUUUCCGCGGCCACCGAGAGCCGCGAAGAAAUUCUGAAGUUACUUCUCGAAAGUGGCGGAAGCCCCAACACGACUCAUGGGAUCGAGACUGCUCUUCAAACUGCAAGCUACAGAGGACAUAAGGACAUUGUUCAAAUACUCCUCGGGUUUGGUGCAAGUGACAAGGACCUCUUUGGUCCUUUCGGAACCGCGUUUCAAAGUGCUGUAAGAGGCGGCAAUUUGAAGAUUGCAGAAUUGCUGGUAGAAUACGGCGAGGCAAGGAGCGGGUUCAACAUAAGAGGCGUGUCAGAAAAGAGGCUAAUAGAAGGCCAACUCGCUAGAUUACGAAGGAAAAGGCAAAGAACAAACCCCUAG